GGCUUGUAUAAUAGUCCCAUCAAUCUCAUCUCUUUUCCAUUUCUCUCCAACUUCCCCUCUCUCUCUCUCUUCUCUCGCUCCUUUAUCGCCGUUUCUGAAUCUGAGUUUUAUCAGUGUCCAUUUCGAUGAAGAAACCGACGGCAGUUACGCAAGACGAGUGGGUGACGGCGGCUCUGACGGAAGACUCUGUGGUGGUGGAGCUUCUUCUUCGCCUCAAGCACGCCGGAACGGUAGAGUCCGCCGCGAAUAUACCUCUGUUACGGUGGGGUUCUCGUAAACCGAGGUCGAGAUUAGGCGUCGGCGCUGGCGUUGGAGGCCUUUUAAAGAAGGAAACGGAUUCGGCUAGAGCCAGUCCUAUGACUCCUCUAUGCUGGAGCGGCGGAUCUGGUAGCGGCGGCUCUUCUUGUCCCUCCGCCGAUGGAUUUGAAGACGCUAGUCGUCAAUCUACAUGCUCUACAUCUACCCGAUACGGAUCUAAGGCGUUACACGUAACAAAUGAAAUCAGCAGCUACAAGAGAUCAAAGAAACAAAAGAUUUUCUUGGACCUUAAAGAUGCAGAGAACUUUCAGCUGAAGGAAAGACUUAACCUUCAAAAGAAUAUUGCAAAUGUGCAAGCAACAUACGAGAAACGAAGUGCCAAGAACCAAAGCUUGAAGAGAAUGAAGCUUGAGUACUCAGAUCGAAUCAAGAAUAUUCCAAUUAACAGAUCUAAUCUCGACGAGUCCCGGAAAAAGAGGCGGUUACCUUUCUCCAGCUCUCGAAAACCGGUGAAAAACGAACAUUCGUACAGAACAACAAGUGAAACCAAGAGACCUGAAGAAAAGGGUUUCUUCUUCCUCCCUGAUCUGAACAUGACACCCAUAGAGGAAGAAGAGACCUUGUACGGGACGCGUUAAACAAAGAAAGCUUUAACCCACAAUGACGUCACAGGUAAUUACUAGAGAUCAGUGGUGUAGCUUUUUGUCCGUGGACGGAGGAGAUGGGAGUAAGUGAUGAGUUUGCCGACAAAGAAUUCACACUACUCAACAAGGAUUCGAGAAGAUUUUAUAUAAGAAGAUAAAAAGGGAAUGAAACAAUGUAAUAAGAGGAUUACCAAAUAUUAUUCUCGAUUUUAUCUUCUCUGCUUAUGAAAUGAAUUUCUUGGGUAAAAC